AUGAAAUCGAUUAUCCUCGUCGCCCUCGCCCUCGUGGCUGUAGCCGUGGCAGUCCCCGUCGUCCCUGAGGAGGUCAAGAUCGUUCGGUCUGAUUACCAGCAGCAGCCUGAGGGUAGCUACCAAUUCGGAUAUGAAGCUGAAAAUGGCAUCGUCCGUGACGAGGUCGGUGAAUUGAAGGAAGCUCUGGAUGAGGAGAACAAGCCCCACAAGGUCGUUGUUGUCCGCGGAUCUUUCAGCUACCCCGGAGAGGACGGCAAACCCAUUUCCAUCUCUUACUUCGCUGACGAGAGCGGAUUCCACGCGGAAGGAGACUCCAUCCCCAAGGUCCCCGCCAGGAGAUAA